CAUUGCACAUGCGCAGCGCAGCCCUAGCUAGGGGUUGCCAUUUUGAGCUACUACAACUGACCUUACGAUAUCUAUGUCGCAAUAGAGACACAAUAACCUUCAAUAAAACCCCUAUUCCCUAGAUAUCCGCCAAGCAGAAGAUAUACCCGGAGAUCUAGAGCUCCCCGACGCCAAAACCUUAGACAUUCUAAGCACAUUCCAGGGGCAAGGCAUCCUUCAAGAACAGGAAUGCACUCCUGCAAUAAAUACAAACACCCCUCCUCCCAACAUUCACAGUGGGCCAUGUCGCAUCUGAGCCCUGGUGCUCACACACUGCACCAUGUGGACGCUCCUCAUACUCGCAUUCAUCGCGGGCCACAUAUCACUCGCAAUCUGUCAACACGCUAUUCCUCCAUCGCAAGAUGCCUGGUAUGAUCAGCCAAUCGACAUCGACAGCUACGCGCCGGGUCAGAUAAUUCGCACCCGUCAAGUCUCUAACAGGCUUCAAUCGCUACUGACUCUUCCCGUGGACGUCUCGGUCGAGUCCGUCCAUCAGUAUAUGUAUCGGACGACAGAUAGUUUGGACAAUGCAGUCGCCGCGGUGACUACUCUCAUGGUGCCGUAUGAUUCGCAUCCCACAAAACUACUCGCCUAUCAAACCGCCUACGACACCUCCAACGCGGAUUGCAGUCCGUCUUAUACACUCCGGUACCGAUCUUGGCUGGACGGAACAACCUCGUUAAUCAACAGCACUGCCCCAAGUGACAUGCCACUCCUAGCCGCAGCCCUCAAUCAAGGCUGGUGGGUCCUCACAACCGACUACGAAGGCCUCGACGGCCACUACGUCGCGGGUAUCGAAUCCGGCCGCAGCACACUCGACUCCGUCCGCGUCGCCCUCACCGAAGGCCAAAAGAUCGGCCUCUCGCCCGAUGUCCGCUACGCGAUGGCCGGAUACUCAGGGGGCGCACUGGCCUGCGGAUGGGCCGCCGAGUUGCAGCCCUCAUACGCGCCGGAGCUCGAGUUUGCGGGCGCCGCGCUAGGCGGGACGAUUGCGAACGUGAGUUCCGCGCUCCGACUCAUCCACGAGAGUCCGUUCGUGGGGCUUGCGUUUCAGGGCAUCCAUGGGUUAGGGAAGGCGUAUCCGAACUUGACGGAGUGGUUGGAUGAGAACUUGCGGCCUGAGAAGAGGGAAGAGUUUUAUCAUAUUGCGAGGGCGUGUACGGUUAAGGAGACGGCGGAGAGGGCGGGGAGCCAGGAUAUCUUUUCGUUUUUUGAGGGUGGCGGGGACGCGAUUGAGGAGGAUGUGCUGGCGUCGGUGCUCAGGUGGGCUGGAACGAUGGGGGUAAGGGGGACGCCGAGGAUGCCGAUGUUGGUGUAUAAGGCUGUCAAGGAUGAGAUUAGUGCGGGCGAGGAUACGGACGAGUUGAUUGAUAAGUAUUGUGAGGAUGGAGCGACAAUUGAGUAUCAUCGGGAUCUGGUGGGGGGACAUAUCACGGAGGCGAUUACGGGGUCGGCGAGCGCGUUGAAUUGGAUAUCGGAGAGGUUGGAUGGGAAGAGGGUGAGGCAUGAGGGAUCGUGUGUAAAGCGGAAUGUGGUUCUCACGGACCUGGAUAGAGGCACGAUUGCUUAUUUCGGGAAGGAGGUAUUUAGUUUGUUGAAAACGGUUCUGGGUGGGAUGUUGGGGAAGUAG